CUUCUUUCAACUUCUUAUCCACAACCCAAAAAAAACCCACAAUCCAUUUCUUUCUUUCUUCUUCUUCAAUGGCUUCUGCAAAUGCAAUCACUACUGCUUCAAUCUUAUCCACCCAUAAGAAGGGGAGUUUGGUUGAAGGUAGUACUAGUGGUAGGAGGAUGGUUAGCCAAUUGCAGACUAGUCAGAAGAUGAGGAAAUCAAACAGACGGUUUUCUGUUCGAGCUGUUGCUAAAGAUAUUGAGUUUGAUCAGCGUUCAAGGGCGGCUAUGCAGGCGGGUAUCGAUAAACUUGCUGAUGUUGUUGGACUUACUCUUGGUCCCAGAGGGAGGAAUGUUGUCUUGGAUGAAUAUGGUGCACCAAAGGUGGUUAAUGACGGAGUUACUAUUGCCAGAGCUAUUGAAUUACCUGACGCCAUGGAAAAUGCUGGUGCUGCUCUUAUCAGAGAGGUUGCAAGCAAAACCAAUGACUCUGCUGGUGAUGGGACAACAACUGCAUCAGUUCUUGCCCGUGAAAUUAUCAAACUUGGUCUCUUGAGUGUCACCUCUGGUGCCAACCCAGUGUCACUUAAGAAAGGUAUCGACAAGACAGUAAUCGGUUUGAUUGAGGAGUUGGAGAAGAGAGCUAGACCCGUGAAAGGCCGUGAUGAUAUUAGAGCCAUUGCUUCAAUCUCUGCUGGAAAUGACGAUAUCAUUGGAACUAUGAUUGCUGAUGCUAUCGACAAGGUUGGAGCUGACGGUGUCUUGUCUAUCGAGUCAUCAUCCUCCUUUGAGACAACCGUGGAUGUUGAAGAAGGAAUGGAGAUUGACAGAGGAUACAUCUCCCCACAGUUUGUUACCAAUCCUGAGAAACUACUGGUUGAAUUCGAGAACGCUAGGGUGCUGAUUACAGAUCAAAAGAUAACUUCGAUAAAGGAUAUAAUUCCCUUGUUGGAGAAGACGACUCAGUUGAGAGCUCCUUUGCUUAUUAUUGCCGAGGACAUCACGGGAGAGGCUUUGGCUACUCUUGUUGUCAACAAGCUACGUGGUAUCCUUAAUGUUGCCGCUAUUAAAGCACCUGGUUUUGGUGAGAGAAGAAAGGCGUUGCUUCAAGAUAUUGCCAUAGUGACAGGAGCCGAGUAUCAAGCCAGUGACUUAGGUCUGCUGGUUGAGAGCACCACCGUUGAGCAGCUUGGUACCGCCAGGAAAGUCACGAUCACCAAGGACUCUACCACCAUCAUUGCUGAUGCUGCAUCAAAGGAUGAGAUACAAUCAAGGAUUGCCCAGAUCAAAAAGGAGCUAUCUGAGACAGAUUCUGUUUAUGACUCUGAGAAACUAGCUGAAAGAAUUGCGAAAUUAUCCGGCGGAGUCGCUGUUAUAAAAGUUGGUGCUGCAACCGAAACUGAAUUAGAGGACCGCAAGCUCCGUAUCGAGGAUGCUAAAAAUGCCACCUUUGCUGCUAUAGAAGAAGGUAUUGUACCUGGAGGUGGUGCUGCUUUUGUUCAUUUAUCGACACUGGUUCCUGCCAUCAAGGAGACAAUCGAGGAUCCGGAUGAACGAUUAGGUGCUGAUAUCAUUCAAAAGGCACUAGUGGCACCAGCAUCUCUAAUAGCCCAAAAUGCGGGGGUUGAAGGUGAGGUGGUGGUAGAGAAAGUAAAGGAGAGUGAAUGGGAGAUGGGAUACAAUGCGAUGACAGACAAGUACGAGAAUUUGGUGGAAUCUGGAGUUAUUGAUCCCGCAAAGGUGACUAGAUGUGCUUUGCAAAACGCUGCUUCAGUUGCAGGCAUGGUUCUAACAACACAAGCCAUUGUUGUUGAAAAGGCUAAGCCUAAGACAGCUGCUGCUGGUCAACCACAAGGUCUUACUGUAUGAUCAUAAGUAAUUUAGAGGUGACGUUGGACCAUGUAGGGUCCAUUUUUGUAUCAAAUUCGAGAUGGAACUUUAUUACGGCCAAAUGUAAACCUGAUAACAUUCACCAUUCCUGAUUUCUCUUUACUCGGCCUUUUUCUGUAGUUGUGGUUUAUUUUUAUAUAAGAGGCAAUAAGUUUUCAA